CACAUUUGCUUUUCUCCAAGCCAGUAAGGUGUUUCACGCUUGGUUGCUCAACUUUUCAUAUGUUUCAUUUCUAUUUCUUGCACCUCCAGUUGCUGUCAGCCCUUCUGUCAUCAUUAUGGACUCCCUUCAGUCCUACGGCAGCAAAGUCAGAACAAAAUCCACAGUGACUUUCAGAGAAUGAAGAAUGAACACAACAAAAGGCAAGCAGAGCCAAAGUCUUCCAAACCCGUGCCUCUAUCUCACCUCCCAAACAAAGACAGCGAGAACAAACCUCCCGGAACUCAGAAAUCAGUAGGAAGGCUCCUGUGCAACUGGGUGUGAGCAGGCUCCCAGUGCUGGCAAAGUCUCUCAUCUUCAGACUCCCACCGACUUCAGCCAGUCCCACAUGAGAUGGGAGGAGAAACCUCUGGCUGGUAAAACUAAGAAGAAAAAGCCAUGCACCCGGCCAGUACCGUUCAACCUUUCUCAGCCUAAAAGCACCAGAGUAGAAAAUCAACAAACUGUUCCAAAAUCAAGGACUGGCGCUUUUCCUAUGCCGUCUAAAAACAACAUAGACAAUUCAAAACCUACUAAACACCCAGCUGUGUUGAAUCGCAAUGUGGACUCCACCAAAGCCAGGGAGGGGAAGUUUCAUGGAAAGACUACAGAAGGUGCAUCCCACCUGUCAGCACCUUCCAAAAGUUUUAAGACCUCAGCCACUUUGUCUAAACCUGAUAACACGAUGCAUCACAGUAAGGCUGGUUCUUCUGUGCGGCCUGCUCUUAAUGCAGAGGUCUGUUUGAAUGACAUGAACCUGCUCAGUCUCAAAGAUCGGUCCAAGAUCUCUAAUGCUGGUCAGACCAAGCAAGUGACCACACAGGCCAAUCCGUCAGAGGGUUUAACUGGCAAAAAAUUUCAGCCCGACCACGCAGCUUUACUCAGCAUCCUCCGGAACGAAGGAGUCAGCGUCACAUCACAGUCCAAACCAUACAACUACCUGCCCCAGCGAGUGUCCAUCAUGAAGACUCAACAAAAAGCUGCACCCUCAACAGCAUCAGUGAAGUCAGUGCAGUUCACCCCAGACCUCGCUGCGCUGCAAAGCAUCCUCCAGAACCAGGGGGUGAAAGAUCCGGGGCUUGUAGGCGCCACCUCUCGAGAGUCUGUGUUUCCACAAGGCAGAGGCACCUCAAUCUACACACCUCAGCGAGUGCCUGUCACGAAGAGUCGACAAAAAGCUGGACCCAGUACAGCUAACACCUUGUUCUCAGUGGACCCCGCUGCACUGCAAAGUAUCCUCCAGAAUGAAGGGGUGAAAGCUGGAGGGCCUGUGGGCGCCACACCCCGAGACUCAGAAUAUCCACCAGGCAGAGGCACUUCAAUCUACUCCGCUCAGAGAGUGCCGGUUAGAAAAGCCAAAGAACAGGCGAUUCCCGGAUCAGUAGUGGUACCACUCAAAGAGACUUCGCUGAAGAAAUGGAAUCCACAGAGAGUCCACAACACCAGACACCAGCCCAUGUCUGCCAUGAAAUGGCAUCAGUCGACUCAACAGUCGCCGUACGGCACGCCCGGACUCAGGAGCUGCAAAAACAAGCCUCAGCCGCCGCAGGAGCAGGAGGUUGUCCAGAGACUAUUUGACGAUGAUGAAGAGGAUGAGCAGAGCAAGAAUGUGACAGAAAACGCUCCUGAGACACGAGCAGAGCAGCUCCCAGUUCAAGCCUCGCCUAUUAAAUCCCACCAUGAAGAAAAGCCAGAGACGAGGAGGACCAACGGGGACGAUGAUGAUGAGGAGGAGGAGGAGGAGGAGGGGACGCAGAGCUUUGAGGGAGGACAGAUGUUCUUACAGGCACCGCACAGGGAAUCUGUCAUCUUUUUCUCAACUGGCAAAAAGCUCAUCAGAGCUCCGUAUUUUAAGAAGCAAGAGAGCUCAACUCAACAGGAUCAGCGUGGUCCAGUUUCAUCAGAGCAGAAAAAGCUGCUGACGGUGCAGAAUGUCACGUCAACUGAGUCACAACCAACCAGUCAGAACAACCCUUCUGUUCAGCGUCUGCACAGAGACCUCGUUGUUCAGAAGUCUUCUCUGAGUCCUAUAGCAAUGCUGGCGAUGCUGCGUAAGCGUCUUCCUCCACUAGAGGAGCUGCGUAUGGACGAGGAGGUGGCCACCUACACCUCUGCGUCUGUCCCAGCUCUUCCUCCUCGGCCUCGAUGUGGAAACCCUCUGGCCUUCACCUUGCACUUUGAAGAAUCUACUAGAUUUGUUCCAGUUGACUUCCACCUCUUGUCUGCUCCUCCUUCUCCACUGCAGGAGAGAUGAUUUGCACUGCAAGAACAGACUGUGAAGUUGUCUAAAUGAUGCAUUUUUUAAAAUACUGCAGACACUAUUUUUGUCAAUAAAAUAGAUUUGAAGCAUUUUUAGGGCAUAAGUCUGUAGCUGUAUGUUGGAAAAAUAUGUUUUUUAAAGCUCAGUGAAGACACGAUCAUUGUUUAUAGCGGUAGUACACGUUUGAAUUAGGAAGCCUCAAAGUACUGAUAUUCCUGUAAAACCUUAAAGUGAUGUAAUGUACAGUGUUUAUAAUAAAAAUUUUGUUGCUGUUGAGAA